GUUAGGGACAGGAACACCAUUAUGUCAUUAAGAAGUACAGAAGCAAAAUCAUGAGGUGGAGGUCAAACGUCUCUUCUACCUUUAUCACUGAUUAUCACUGAAUUAUUUUACUGCUGCAGCCUUUGAUACUGGGUCAGAAGUAACUCGUAUUUUGAGAUCAUGACACAGCUAUCUACUCAACACAUCUGUUACAUACACCAGUCUGCGUAAAAAUACAUCUAUUGUACAAGGUUAAAACUUACACUGUAUUCCAGAUUACUGACAUUAUUUUUACUGAACUGAUCAGGAAGCCUCCCUGUGUCCAUAACACACACUGCACACACAGUCAACAACCAGCUGGAAGAGCUCAAGCUCCAGCCUUGUUUUUCACUUCAGAGGUUGUGAGAGGUCACCAGCGUUAUGUAACACUAUGGGGCCUUUUUUUGUCCAACUUCCCCCUCUCCUCAUCAGAUAACACCACAGGCACCACCAUCCUGUCUGCAGGAGCAAACUGAUUUCACAGAGAGCCUUCUGAAAUAUAUUCACAAUGAUUUUUCAGGCACUUUUUGAUUGUAUGGACUUCACCAGCUGGCUGUUGUUGGGUUUUACUGUGUUACUCCUCACAGAUUUGAUCAGAAACUGGAAGCCACACAGCUUUCCCCCCGGACCCUGGGCCGUGCCUUUUCUAGGAAACAUCUUUAAAGGAGUCGACUUCAAAACUAUGGAGAGGCUUGCUCAGGAGUACGGUCCAGUUUUCAGCUUGAGGAGAGGCGGCGAGAGGACGGUGUUUAUUUCAGGAUACAAGAUGGUCAAAGAGGCUCUUGUUAACCAGCUGGACAGCUUCGUUGACCGACCCAUUGUCCCUCUCUUUCAUGUUAUCUUCAAGGGGAUUGGUAUAGCUUUGAGCAAUGGUUACCUGUGGAAGAAACAGAGGAAGUUUGCCAGCACUCACCUACGUUACUUUGGAGAAGGCCACAGGUCCCUGGAAAAAUACAUUGAAGUGGAAAACAACUUCCUCUGUGAAGCUUUCAAAGAGGAGCAAGGCAAACCAUUCAACCCCCACUACACCGUAACGAAUGCAGUGAGUAACAUCAUUGCCUCUGUGGUCUUCGGACAUCGCUUCGAAUACAGUGAUCAAAGCUUUCGCAAGGUUCUGGAGUUGGAUAAUGACGCCAUUGUGCUCGCUGGCGCCUUUCAGACUCAGCUGUAUGAUGCGUUCCCUGGCUUGUUCAAAUACCUGCCAGGACCUCACCAGACUGUCUUCGCCAACUACACCGAGAUCUUGGCUUUCCUGAAAAAGGAAGUGAAGAAGCACCAGGAGGAGUGGAACCCAGACGACCCUCGUGAUUUUAUUGAUGUGUACCUGGCAGAGAUGGAGAAGAAAAAGGAGGAUCCUGAGGCUGGCUUCAACAUCGAGACCCUUCUGGUUUGCACCCUCGACCUGAUUGAGGCUGGUACAGAAAGUAGUGCCAACACUUUACGCUGGGCCCUUGUGUACAUGAUGCACUACCCAGAGAUACAGGAGAAAGUCCAGGUAGAGAUAGACAGAGUGAUCGGACAGUCUCGUCAACCCACCAUGGCUGACAGACCCGACCUGCCUUACACCGACGCUGUCAUCCAUGAGACCCAAAGGAUGGGGAAUAUUGUUCCCCUGGGAUUCCCCAAAAUGGCCAGUAAAGACACCACACUGGCAGGAUACUUUAUACCCAAAGGCACAGCUGUCAUUACAAUCCUUUCAUCCGUGCUGUUUGAUAAGAACGAGUGGGAGACUCCAGAUAUCUUCAAUCCCCAGCAUUUCUUGGAUUCAGAGGGACAGUUCCGCAGAAGAGACGCCUUCUUACCGUUUUCAGCAGGUAAACGUGUGUGUAUAGGAGAGCACCUGGCCAGAAUGGAGCUGUUCCUAAUGUUUACAUGUCUCCUCCAACACUUCACCUUCUCUCCUGUCCCUGGAGAGAUGCCCAGCAUUGAGGGAGUCAUGGGCUUUACACAUUCCCCCGAGGAGUUCAGGAUGCUAGCUGUGCCUCGCUAAUGUGCUCUCCACCUUUUACUCUAAGAUCACAUAUGUGAUUUGCAACUGAAAACUAGUUUGCAUAACAUAUGAGCAUUAUGCACCACAAUAAAUGAAUAUAAAAACAAAGGAGAUCAUUAUGUCCAGGUCAGGGGAUAUUGUGAAGGAUUUAGGAGAAUAUAUUUUAUAUUUUUGAUAUAUAUUUUGUGCAUAAUCAUCUGAAAAUAAGAAUCAUUCUAUUUUCCUUACCUUAGAAUGAGCUUUUUAUAUUUACUACAGAAAGUAGUGUUGUGUUUCUGAAGUAGCCCAGGACAGACAAACCAAACACUGGCUUUAGAUAGGCCAUUUGCGUUUUUGCAUUGGCAAAGUUAGAAGCCCCUCUCAGGCGAGCAGCAUCAGAAAAACACUGAUUUGUUUUACAUGAAAAUGCUUUAUUCAGUGUUUUUACUGGUUUAAAUCACCAGGUCUGUUUGUUUUGGAGAGGAGGAGACCUCUGCGGAUAAUUCAGCUAUUGGUAAAAACCUCCUGAGCAAUGAACACUUAAAGGGAUAGUGCACCCAAAAAUGAAAAUUCAGCCAUUAUCUACUCACCCAUAUGCCGGGGGAGGCUCAGGUGAAGUUUUAGAGUCCUCACAUCACUUGCAGAGAUCCAAGGGGAGAGGAGGUAGCAACACAACUCCACCUAAUGGAGGCUGACGGCGCCCCAGAUUCAAACGUCCAAAAACACAUAAUU